GCCAGGUAUAAUGGAAUAAAAACAGUUCGCUCUUCACUUCAUCCCGUGCAUCCGUUCGCCGCGUUUGACACGUUUCUUUGACGGAAUCACCUCUCUAUUUAUCGGCCCAUUAAUCGCGUUGCUGGCCCGGAUCUAUUGCCCAGCACAACCUGACAUACAGUCUCUCAAUCCCAGGGUUUGUUGACCUUAUUAUCAUCAUAUUCUUCUGUUGCUGUGGUCUUCAAGACAGCUUGGGGAGAGAAGCCUGACAGCUGGGCUCAAUUAAGACCGGAUCCCCAAUCAAGCUGCUGCCUAGGUGCCUCAGGUGUCUCAGUAAUUGCCUGUUUGCCACUCCAACUACUACUACCUGCUCCAGACCUCAUACAUAGACCCAUUUUCAUUCACCCUCCCACUCCAUCUUUCUUGUACGGAGCUAGAUAGUGAACGACGUGCUCGAUAUCGAGAAUCACCCAAACGACCAAAUCAGGCACUAUUGCUUUCUUCAGCGCCAUGUCGGCGUUGAACAGCGUGGUAAACGGGCGUCAGCCUUCAAGCAUCACCGAAACGGUGUUAGCUCAACUGAAUCUGUAUCAACAAAUGGAUAGCGAAAGAUCUAAUCUCAUACAGAAUAUGAUCCAGAAAAUUGAAAGCGACGCAAUUAAAAUAUCCGAGCUUGAGCUUGAUCUUGCAGAUCAAACACAAUCUCGGAAACAAUAUCGGGAAAAGUACAUGGAGCUUGAAGCUAAGAUGGACAGUUUGAAAUUUAUCAGGGAGCCCUUCGUCGUCGUCCUUGUUGAUGGUGAUGGGGCAAAGUUUCGUGACGACCUUCUUCGCGAUCAUGACCAAGGUGCGGUAAAGGCCGCUCGGAAGUUGAGAGAAGCGGUCAAGGAAGCCAACUAUGGUCACGAUAUGCCUAUUCUAGUCAGAGUUUAUGCGAAUCUCAAUGACCUAGCAAAGUCACUGCGCAUGUCCGAUGUCAUCAUUCGUGACGAGAGUAUGCAUGUCUUUGCCGAACAGUUUACCAAUACCCACGUUGACUGCGACUUCAUCAAUGUCGGUAAGGGAAAAGAAAAUACAGAUGCCAAGAUCAGAAGACUACUUGAUCAUUAUCACAAAAAUGCGCAGUGUCAGAAGAUAUUUGUUGCUUGUUGCCAUGACAAUGGUUAUCUCCACGACCUUCGUCAAUAUGCGGGCAAUGCAGAUAACAAGAUUACUUUGAUUGAAACGACACCCGCGGAGCCAAAUUUUAGGUCUCUUGAUUUUCCUAUUCGGAGAUUUGAUGAUGUUUUUAGAUCCGAGCCUUUAAACAACGAAACCAAACGCGUCGCCCAAUAUUAUCCAUUCAGCAGCCGUUCUCCUAACCAAAUGAUCCCGGGGCCGAUCGCACGACCAACUCAAGCUCCAUAUUUUUCUCCCCCUGCUGAGGCUAUUUCUCCCGAGUUCCAAGAGCAACGACGGCCCACGCCGUCGACAAACUCUCUCAUAGCAUCUCCUGUUCAAACGACCAGUGAUUCUACAAUCGCACAUGAUCGAUUGCAACCAGCGUCUUCCUCACCUGAUAAAUCACCCGCCCAGUCUCAAGUGCUACCCCGAACAACAAACAUCAUCACUUCAGGCAAUGGUGGUACUUCAAUCAGCUAUGCUACGGCUGGUGGAACUAUCGAUCACCAAAAUGUUACGGUGAAGCUCACGAAACCCAAAAAAUCAAUCAAAUAUGCAUUAUAUAACGAAGAUCAACAUCGUAUAGACGAGCCUACGCAACAUCCUCCUCGCUCCCAAGCACAGGCAACAUAUCAAGACAAAUUUCAAGCCACCAAACCCAAGGCAUUUUGCAAUGAUCAUUACCUGAAAGGAAAAUGCAAGCGAGGCGCAAAUUGCGAUAAGGAGCACGAGGUAGAACUGAAUCCACUAGAAGUGGCUAUCCAUCGUUACAAAGCCCGAACAAGUUUAUGCCCUCAAGGGCCUUAUUGCACAGAUUAUGAGUGUUACCUGUCCCAUCAUUGCCCUCGUCAACCUUGCGGGCGAGGCGAUCAAUGCCCAUUUUACAACACCGUCAGCUGGGGAGACUUACACUUUACGAAAGAACAGUUGGUCCCUAAGACUAAAUGGUUUGAGGGUGUUAAUUUUCCAGAAUUAGUAUGAAGCACGCCUGCGUAAUACAGGCCACUUGAUACAAUCACUAAAGGGACUGAUUCGUGAAUUUCAGCGUCUCGUCCAUCUUAAACACCAUGAAUAAAUACACUAUCAUUAUGCGUUGGCGGAGCGGUGUGCCUGGUAAUGGGCGGAAUAGUUGUUUCAGAUGCCAUUGGGUAUCGGUCGUAUGGAGCUCACAACCUUCAUGAAAAUAACGAAAAGGCACGAAAAAGAAACGAAAAAGAAAAACAGUUGCAGAGGGGGGAAAUUAGGCAUGCGAGAACAACAAGGGAGGGGUUGGUUGUUUCAGCUCACCAAAUACUAACUUAGCCCAUGUGGUCUGUAAUCGGGCGCGGUCUUCGCUCAUAUUUCUCUGGAUCUACGUGAUCUCGUUAUUCACAUUUCACUUCUUAUCUAUCCAUGUAGGUAGAUGUCAAUUGAUAGCUGAUCGUUGGUAGGCAGUUUAGGGAUUAACUCGAGUCAUUCUUUGAUACACUGCAUAUUACUGCCUCUACCUUAAGAACCUUGUCACCAAACAUAGUUAAAUAACUUUGCAUUAAAUGACAUGUGUGAAAAUCUAUAAUAGAGAAGCUAUCAAGUAAUUACAUAGAUGUUUA